CACGCAAUGUGAGGUUGCCUGGCCGUCGAUUCCUGGAAAAAACACACAUGGUCCGCUCCUGAUCGGACGUCUGCAACUCACCAUGGCCUCGCUAUCUCCCGAAGCCAAGGAGCUUGACUUGGUCGGCAAGGUUGAGCUCCGGAUCGCCUUGGCCGACACGGAUGCGAAGCUUGAGACACUACUCAAGACAUACCUCGCGCCGCUCCUGCUAAAGCUCGCUUCCGACCAUGUCAGCGUUCGAAACAAGGUCAUUGCUGUCUGCCAGCACGUUAACACGCGCAUCAAGGGCCAGGACAUCCAAUUGCCCGUGGCCGCGCUGUUAAAACAGUUUAAAGAUCAUCCCGACACCCCACUGAUUCGGCACUUUGACCUGCUCUACGUUCAGCAAGGCAUUGCACGCCAGCCCCUAAGGGAGAGGCUGGAACUCCUGCCCGUCCUCAUCAAUGGCCUUGCCAGGGACACCGCAAAAUCCGCACUUCAUGGAUCCCAACUGUUCAAUCUCUUGCUGCGGCUCCUGACGCACUUUCAACUACCACCGCGGGGGAGCAAAGACGACAAUGAGCUGCGCAACAAGCUCGAGAUCACUGAUGAAGAUGCUACUUUCCUGGCCCAUUGGUUUGGCAAACUCAUCUUGUUUGCUGUAGUCCGACCCGCGUCUUCUGGCCCGGCCUCAAACGUGGCAUGCCCUGGGCUAUCUUCCGAUGAAUACCAGUUCCUGACCCUUCAUGGAAAGCCUGGCGUCUGGGACCCCGCUGCCGAGAGUGGAUUGAACCUGACCGAAGCGAAAGUCACGGCAGCAAAAUUCUUGGCGAGUGGCCUCUUUAAUGAUGGCGAGCGAUUUUUCCCCGCUGUGUUCGCAUCUGCAGAUUCAAAUUCUCGUAUCUCCGAUAUUGGGGAUGAUAUUCUGAAGCGAACCCUGCCAAACACCGACCUGGAGGAUGCGGGGGUAGUAAGUAAAUUGUACGACGUCUACUUCGGAACUCCAGACGGACCAUUGCCAGCUCGUCCGGCUCUUCAAACGAAGAUCCUUUCUUAUUUCGCCAAAUCCGUAUUGGCUACAACCUUCACUUCCCGUGUCCUCCGCCUCGUUGAGGAAGGUCUCACGUACGGAGCCAAUGCAGAAGGCACAGUCACUGCCCGUGGAAGGGAAGCGCUCAAGCUGCGCUCGGCAAUUUUUACCUUCGUAAACUUCAUGGCACGCAACGGCGCCUCGUCUGAUCUUCGUGUGGUUGCUGCUACCCUUGUCCAACGCUUGAGGGCAUUCAUUGAGGACCAAGGAUGGCCAAGAGCGAACCCGGAUGAGGAUGUCGCUCUCCGUGGGUAUGGCUAUGAAGUUAUUGGCCUCUUAGCCCGGGCAGCUCCUGAGGACGUUCUCAUUGAGCCAUCAUUGAGCUUGUUAAAGUGGCUCUUCAAAUCACUGGGCGAGGAUACGUCUGGAAGAGACACUGCUUUCAGUAUCGACGAGGCGCUUUCAAGUGCCCUUGGUGCCCUCACAGUGCGUCUUAGUUCAGACGUACAGCACAAUCUUCGUGACCUCCUACUCCAGCAAAUGACGAAGGAGGAUUCGUCUACAACGACAACAGGUCCCCGUCGCAGCACCAGGUAUGCUGCCGUCCGUUUCGCAAACAGAUGUUUACCUUACGAUGACAUUGUUGCACGCUGGAUCGAUAUACUUGCUGUCAGCGGACCUUCCUCUGAGAACCAAGAAGUUCGAGAGGAAGGUCACCGUGGGCUUGACCCUCAUUGGUCCCGGUUGCUCCAUUCAUCCCAGGCCAAAAUUGGCGACGAAUCGGACCUAGCCUUUCCAGACUUUACUGAAAUGGUCGUGUAUCUUUUCUCCUUACCCGACGGUUUCCACACGACAACAGACAAAUGGCGCCCAGACAUUCAAGUGCAACGAUUCAAACAGCAUUUUUCGUUUGCUUUCGAAGCGACGGCCAAGUUCUGCCGUCAGUUGCUUUUGGCAGAAGCUCUGAGAGCUCAUCGCAUAUCAAUGAAUGUGGAUAUCGACUGGGCAAGAAAGCUUGAUACAGCUGUGGCAGCGGAUCAGGAUGCCCGGCAUGCUGUCACGAGUUAUCUUAACCGGGCCGCUACAGAGCAAGGAUUUAUUCUACAAUCUGUCUUGGCUCUAAUACGUGCUCUUUACGAGGGGCUUCUGUGGAACGAGGGCGUUGGGCUAGGCAAUUGCGGCGAGUGGUUCGUUGAAGUAUGCUCGCUGAGCUCCGAAAGUUUAUUGGAUAUGUCUCGGACCGCACCAGCCUUCAGAUCACUAAAACCCUCCAUAUACUCUAACAAAGAGCAGACGAGGCUGGUAGCAGCUCAUGCGUAUGGUCUACUGGCGACGCACAGCGCUGUCUUUGCAUCAGAGGCUGAGCAAUCGUUGCAAAAUAUGCUUCAGAAAGCCAGCUUGUGGAAAGAAGCCGUCGGCAGCCAACUGAACGAAGCGAGCGGAGCGAUACUUGCGAUUGCAUACUACUUUAGCAGGCUUGCGGCUCGACGGCGUCGUGCUUCCGCUCUGGAAGAUACACUAGAGGCUCUUUUGGGGAUCAUUUUCGACGUACUCAAAAACACAACAGAUAAGACCCUCAAAGAGGCAAGCCAUCUCGCAAUCAGUCAGUUGAGUCUAUUCUUCGUCAUCAAACCUGAAAGUAUUGCGUCAUACAUGCAAUAUACUGCAGUGGUAGACAAGCUCAUGGAAGAUGCGAAAACCGGAAACGAGAAGGCUAUUCUCGCGCUCGGCCAUCUUGCCAUGGUCCCUGACGAGAAAGAUGAUGAUAGCAGCUUAAAGUAUGUCGAAGAUAAGAUUUUUGAGUUGCACGAGGUUCGGCAAGCCGAAGCUCAGUUCUCUAUUGGAGAAGCUGUGAGCUGCCUCGCUUCCGGCUGGCAGGCCUCAAUUUUGGCACCCAAAAUGGACAUUGAAGCUCCAACGCCAUCUGGACCUUCUAGAACGGCUACCUUAGCACGUGUGCUCGAGAGGGUCCUUGAAAACUGCAGAAAUACGAAACCUGCGCUCAAGAAAGCCUCUGUCAUUUGGCUUCUUUCUCUGGUUCAAUUCUGCGGGCAACUCUCUGAAGUCCGGUCACGCUUGCCACAGUGCCAGGUCGCUUUCAAGAACUGCCUCUCUGCUCGUGACGAAGUUGUCCAAGAGGCAGCAUCCCGAGGACUGGGUCUUGUGUAUGAAAAGGGCGACCGGCAGCUCAAGGACGAUUUGGUUCGAGACCUUGUAGGCUCUUUCUCAGACAACAAGGCCAACCUCUCGGGUAAUGUCACCAAUGAGACACAGUUGUUUGAAGAAGGAGCCUUGCCCACAGGCGAAGGCUCGGUGACUACCUAUAAGGACAUCCUUAGCCUGGCCUCGGAAGUUGGAGAUUCGAGCUUAGUCUACAGGUUUAUGUCUCUGGCAGCAAACAAUGCCAUCUGGUCUAGCCGUGCAGCUUUCGGCCGGUUCGGUCUCAGCAGUGUACUCUCUGAUUCGGCUGUGGAUGGGUAUCUGGCAGAAAAUCCAAAGCUGUACCCCAAGCUUUACCGCUAUCGCUUCGAUCCGAAUACCAACGUCCAAAGAUCAAUGAACGACAUUUGGAACGCACUCGUCAAGGAUUCGUCAAGUACGAUCGACAAGCAUUUUGAUGACAUUAUGGAAGACCUGCUUGUGAAUAUUAUCAACAGGGAAUGGCGAGUAAGACAGGCCACUUGUGCCGCAAUCGGUGAUCUUGUUCAAGGUCGUACCGUCGAUAAGUACGAGAAAUAUCUCGGGCGCAUUUGGAACCUGUGUUUCAAGGUGCUUGACGACAUCAAGGAAUCUGUGCGACAAGCUGCAGCGGGGCUUGCACGGGUGCUUACUGGAAUAUUGACGCGCAGCUUGGAAGCCGGGGACACGUCACAGAAGAAUGCUGAAGCGAUGCUCAAGCAUGUGCUUCCGUUCCUUUUGUCCUCGUCCGGCCUGGAGUCAAGUGCCGAAGAGGUUCAACGCUUCGCACUGGCCACUCUGUUGCAAAUCAUCAAGAAGAGCAGUGCCAAGACCCUGAGACCAUUCAUCCCCGAGCUCGUUGAGAGGCUUCUCCUUCUGCUGAGCUCUAUCGAGCCACAGGCAAUCAACUACUACCAUCUCAAUGCUUCCAAAUACAAUUUGACGGAGCAAAAGAUCGAUGAUGCAAGAUUGGCAAUUGUCCGAGGAAGCCCGCUUAUGGAAGCCAUCGAGAGGUGCCUUGACCUCGUGGAUGACUCGACCAUGAAUGAGCUUGCACCGCAUCUAGAAAGCGCAAUGAAGAGCGCUGUAGGCUUGCCCUCGAAAACAGGUGUCAGUCGAGUUCUAGUGUCUAUGAGUACCCGGCGCAGUUUUGUCUUCAAGCCUUACGCAGAUCAAUUCCUAAAGCUCAUCGAGAAGCACAUUUACGACCGAAACGAAACAGUCUCGACAUCAUAUGCCGCCGCCGCUGGCUACGUUUCACGGCAGGCUUCCGACAAGCAAAUUCUUGCACUCAUCGCCUUCAGCAAAAAGCUCUACUUCACAACGGAGGAAGACCGUAACCGCGUACACUCAGGCGACAUUGUACAAUCCAUCUCAAAAAGUGCCUCGGACAGGUUUAAUGCUUUCAGCGCUGAGCUCUUGCCGUUCAUCUUUGUGGCGAAGCACGACAGCGAGCCACAUGUAAAAGAGCUGUUUGCGAAAACCUGGGAUGAUAAUGUCGGCGGUUCUCGUGCCGUUCAGUUGUAUGUCAAGGACAUAGUGGCAAUAGCCACGGAACACCUUGAUAGCCCGCGCUGGACCUUGAAACAUACAGCGGCCAGGUCGAUUGCUGAAGCUGCCAACGCUUUGGCAUCGAGCAUCGAAGACAUCAGUCUGGCUAACGCAGAGACUAUCUGGCCUCCCUUGGACAAGGCUUUAGGCGGCAAGUCCUGGGAGGGCAAAGAGGUCGUGCUUCAGGCGUUUGCAAAAUUCGUUGAGAGAGGUGGCCAAUUAUGGAGGGCGAAAAAGGAUGUUGCGGAUCAGAUUAAAAAGGUCGUCGUCAGAGAAGCAAAACGUCAGAACAAGACGUAUCGUCAGCAUGCUCUUAAGCCACUCGGCCAAGUUGCUGCUGCUAGGACCGACCUUGACAUGAGCGAGACUAUCUUCGAUAUCAUUGAACCGAUCGUUGAUGAAGCAACAACAUCAGACGAUGAUGCGAUGGAUGUUGACGCGGGCGAAGACGUCAGGAAAAACGAGAAGCUUCGUGACAAUACCGUCACAGGUGCUAUCUUCUCUCUCCAAUCAGCCAUCAAUCCCAUGGUGUUGCAAGAUAAGGCUCUGUCAACGGCGACACUCCGCGCCCUUCAGCUCAUUGCUAAGCUAAACACGCUCCACGCCAGCGCCAUUCACGCUGCCACUUUCGAAGGCUUGCAGUCCCUCUUCGAGCGGCUCCUUUCCAAGGACCAAGGGUUCGCUGCCGGAAACGAAGGGGCAAUGAAAGAGGUUCUGGGAAGCUUGCUCUUCGAUAGCAGGUAUGAGGGGCUCAGCGAGGCCAUGAGGUUCAAACGGGGCCAGGCCUUGGUUGCUCUAGCGAAGACCAAGGAAAAGGCGUUUGCGAGGGAGGUGCUUGGGGAGAGGCUGGACAAGGAGAAGCAGACGGAGAAGAGUCCGGUGGUGAAGCAGGAGGUUGAAAAGGCACUGAAAGCACUGGCGGAGUGAUAAUAAUGGGUAGAUAGAGAUAGAGCUGGCGUAAUUCUCGGUACCAGUUAGGAAUGUUUGGACAUGCAGACUUCCGAGCUCACAUGGCAGUGAACCGGAACUGCGAGUAACACAGAUUCGCAGCCAAUUGCUGUCAACGGUC